AUGGAGGCUGUGUCUCACAAAGGGCUCCAGGCUGGGACAAGCUGGCUCCAUGGGGACCUUGUCCUCCUAUCCACACUGGUGGCGAUGCUUCUCCUCUGCGCAAGCCCUGUGCUUGCCACUGCUGCUACCGCAGGGUUCCCUGCAGACUGCAGCCAUCUCCGCAAGACCACCCCCAGCGGGGUGUACGUCAUCCAGCCGGCCGGGUCUCCUCCACGCGUGGUGUGGUGCGACAUGGACACCGAAGGCAAAGGCUGGACUGUUGUCCAGAGAAACUCUCAUGACACUGAGAUCACAUGGAAGCAAUCCUGGACCACCUACAAGUACGGCUUCGGGAACGUGCAGGGCGAUCACUGGCUGGGUACCGAGUCCCUGCACCUGCUGACGCAGCAGGGCACCUACAAGGUCCGCUUCAUUGUGCGGAAUAAAGCCAACGUCACCCAUUACGCCGAAUAUGACAUCUUCAGGGUGGAGAGCGAGGCCAGUGGCUACCCGCUGAGGCUGGGCCGAUAUUCUGGUGAGGGGGAUGACUAUCUGACCAGCUAUCACCCCAAGAAGGGGGGCAUACACGACAACAUGAAGUUCAGCACGACUGACAAGGACCAGGACCAAUACAGCGGGAACUGUGCCAACAGCUACGGGGGGUGGUGGUACGACAGGUGCCAGAACGUCCUGCUCAAUGCUAAAAACCACAUCCUUUGGCCGGGAUUCUGCGAUAGUGGCGACUGUUCAUCCUCCCUCAUCCUGGUCAAACCCACAGACGUGUGCUGA